GUAGAAAUGACAGAAACUGCGGAACAUAGGAUGUUCACUGUGUUCUGGUUGUUGCUAGAUGAUCCAAAGUGUUUAGACAUAACUCGUAUGAGGGAGGACAUGACUGCUAGACUGAAGGCAAUAGCUGAAACGAAGACCACCACGUUUAACGAGUUCCAGACAUGGUUGGAUGGUGAAAGACGCAGGCGCACCACGGUCUUGAAUCGGUUCGCCGCCCACGUCACAAAGAGAACUCACAGGAAAUCACAAGGACUUGAUGUCGCAUCUUGUGGCAGCCCUGAAAAGUGUGUGCUGAAGGAGGGGUGGGCAUCGUAUGAUAGCCAAGAAUAUAAUACGGGUUCGCUAACUGCUUCGUCACGCAGUGUCGUCGACCUCUUGGCCUUCGCAGCAGACUGUAUUCGCCACUGUAAGAAAACCGUAGACGAGUACAGUCUCUGUGAUGAGGGUAUCGCGAUUGGUAAGGAUGACCUUCCUUGUCAUAUGACGUCUCUGUUGAACGGUUGCUCGGACGUCCCACACGAGGGCGAGUUCAUGCUGAACGAUUUUUUGUACGACAGUUUUGAUUGCGGAAAGGCAUGGGUGAUUGGCGGGAACGACACAACAGAGAGUACGGCGUGCCACGAGAGCGAUGCGAGGAGGGAUCCUAGGUGGGGUUGGGUGCCAUGUGUGAUCCCGAUUCYAUGUGACCGUGUGAGGAUGAUGAUGCGUGAUGUCAUGGRAAAUGUCUGGAGCACGCAUUAUGUGAAUGGAAACUUCUCCUUCAGGCACCUCGACAGGGAGGUCUCAGCAGACGARAAAAAGGCAAUGGCAUGUAAUACCCACACUGCUGACUGCUUUUUCCCGCCGCUUCGGAACCCUGUGGACUCGGAGGUGGUUGAAGGGAAAGUUUUCACCGGUGAGGAUGGCARCACAUACACGCAUGCAAGAGGGCAGGAAGCCACGUACGAUGGAGUAUGCUCGCAGAUAUGGGACCAUGUCHCAAUGAGGAGUGACGUUCUGUCUGCCAUGGACAUUGGGGCCCGUGUCAUCCCUGAARAACAGUUGCAACAGCAUAUGGCCCCUGAAAAGUAUGACUACCGUGUCAAUUGGGUCCCAGGAUGUUUGCAUCCUGCAGUGGUUGAUGGCAAGAUGACGGCGGUGCGUGCUUUGAUGGAAGUUGUCGAGGCGUACUUGGUCGCCAAUUUCGAGAAUACUAACGAGGUGGUCAUCCAUUCGAAGAGGGUGACGAUCCAGUUCCUCGUGGUUCUGGCACGUGUCUCAAUUUUCAAUGUGAAUGUAAAGGACCACGUCCUAAUUGUUGAACACGCAAAGCGGUGCUGGGAGAAGAUAAGGGAGGAGGAGCGUCAAAUGGUGUGCGCGGGUUAUGACUCCAUGGAUGACCAGGGGAUGUGGUCCAUGGUUGAGGGGAGUUGUACGGCCCAAGAGCACGGCGACGGUGAGAAYAGAUACAUGGCUCGCAUUCGCCGCAGGCACGGUUGCACGACCGUUCUUGAUUGGGUCCCGGUCRUAUAUCCCAUGACAUAUGAGCACGGUGGAGACGUCACCAUGAGAUUCAGAGACCCGCUUGGUGUGCCUUUCCAUCUGAUCUACUCAGAUGGACUCCUACGAGACAUUCGGUAUAUGUCAGAGGAUGGCUUACCAGCACAGGGUGCCAUGGGCGGAUCGAGCGAUGUCGCGAUGUCGCAGAGCCCGRGGAAGAAGAAGAAGUGGACGCCGGGACCGCCACGUGGGCAGACGCCCGCAGGCAGAAAGAAGCUGAACCCGAAGGCGGUGCCAGGGACCGAAGACACUGCAGGUGCACGAACUCAGGUCCCCAGACGCCGUCGACGCCCCGGGAUGGCAACUUUGUCGGAAAUCAGAAAAUUGCAACGAUCCACCGACCGUUGCUUGGCUUUCGGACCCUUCUUGCGUAUUGUGCGCGAGGUUGUGGAGCGGGACAUUGCUCCUGGUAUGGGCGUGAGGUUUCAGAUGACGGCGGUGCGUGCUUUGAUGGAAGUUGCCGAGGCGUACUUGGUCGCCAAUUUCGAGAAUACUAACGAGGUGGUCAUCCAUUCGAAGAGGGUGACGAUCCAGGUCAAGGACAUGAGACUGGUAGAUAGGUUGUCGAAGCAUCGCUGGGUUGAGAAAUAUCAAGUGAAUCUCGUGAGCGAUGAGAGCGAGGACGUCGGGGCCCCCGAGAAUGUAGACGGCGAGGGCGGGAUAUUCGAAGAGCAGCAACCGCAGCCUGUCGAAUCUUUUAACAACUCUCGCAAGCUGGCGGCACUGAUUUUCUCCGCCAGGGGCGGCGUCGGAGCAGCGACGGCAGAGCGCAGGGAGUUCCCCAUCUCCGAGAAGAACGCGAUGUACGAGGGAACCCGAAAGUGGCGGCGAGGGAGGCGCAGCCGACGCGCCCUCCAUUGACAGACAACUAGUGAGGCACGACAAUGCAGUUAAAAAAGGUAAACAAAAUGUGCUGAAGUUG